GGAUCCAUUAGUGUUUUCGAUGAAUAAAUAAAUGGGGAUAUGCUUCCCAUACGUUGUAACGUUUGUCGGCGAAAGCGCGACGCCCAAAAUUCGUUUCAACUGAGUCGUUGCUAUCACAUCAUCUGCGAUAAAUGCAUCUCAAAGUGCUGUGAUAACAGCAAGUGUGCAGUUUGCAAACGGCCCACAAAAUGCAUUGCAAUAACAAGCGAUAUGCCCAGCAAUGUUGCCACCUACUUUCAAGAUCCCGAUGCGCAUUUAAAAAUGUACAGAAGCAUUUGCAAAUUUCAAAGCGAACAACGUGCCCUCCAUUACAAACAUUUCUAUGAUCAGCAGAAUUGCCAAGCUAUCAAAGAAGAAAAGUUCCAAGGAUUUUUAAAGUUGGAAACACAUUUACGCACGCAGAAAGAAAAUGGUUUAAAGCGCAACAACGAAAUACGCAAUUGCAUUGCAUACUACGAACAGAGCGAGGAGACAAAUGACACUUCAAGCUCCUCAGAUGGAAUUACUGGAAAAAAGCUGAGGAUGUCCCGUCCCAUUACACCUGUGUUAAGUGAUCCAGAUAUAACACUAACUGAUAAUGGUGCUGAUUCUACUGAUAACGCCCUGAAGGAGUUUAAGCAAUUGGUCAACGAGAUAAUCCCCUCCAGUCAACUGAAUGUAUUGGGGAAAAUUAAAAGUGCAAAAGAACAGAUAGAUUGCAAAGAUAAAGAUGAACUAAAUUUUGAUUUUUAGAUUAAUACUGCUAAAUCUAUGUACAUAUGUAAGAAUAAUUACUUGUUCUUUUCUUCUAAAAUAUGAACGAUGUACAUACUUAUAUAACCAAACAUAUAUCGCUUUAUCAUUUCUUGUGUUAACUGAAUAAUUGCCUUUUGUCGACCAGAACAGUAUUUAUCACUUUCUUUGCAGUAAAAUUAGGCGUCAAAUCAAUCAAA